CUGAUUCCCGUUUUCCCGGGCCGGGAUGGGGUCGGGAAUGGUUCCGGUGGCGCUGGUCCUGAUCCUCUGGAAUUCCGCGGGAGCCUGGGAUCCGUGCCCGGAGAACCCGGAGUGUCGGGAUCCAGGAGGAGAGGCCGGAAUUCCGGCCUGCCCGGGCUCCUGCGGCUCCCGGCUCUCCUGGGAAUCUCCGGUUUUCCCCGGGAACGGGGAGCGGCAGCCGCUGCCGGCGGUGGGAGCCCGCGGCUACGUGAUGAGCCACUUCCGAUGGAACCGCUUCGGCCGCAGGAACAGCAGCGAUCCCGGCGCCCGGAAACGGGAAUUCCCGCCCGGAACCCCAGCUCUUUCCCGGAUCUGGGAAGAGGCGGGAAGAGACGGGAAGCGCUCGUAUUCCAUGGAGCACUUCCGAUGGGGAAAACCCGUGGGGCGCAAGAGGAGGCCGGUCAAGGUCUACCCCAACGGAGCCCAGGAGGAGUGGGAGGAGAAUUCCCAGCCGGAAUUCCGGCGGGAAGAGCCGUGGGGUGAAGGGGAAGAGGGGGAGGAAGGAGGUUGGGAAUUCCCCUGGGAUUCCCGGAAGGAAAAGCGUUACGGGGGAUUCAUGAGCUCGGAGCGGAUGCGGAGGCCGCUGGUGACGCUCUUCAAGAACGCCAUCGGGAAAAGCUUUUCCAAGGAUGGGCAGUGAGGGAGGGAAAAUCCCGGAA